AUGAGAACCGGAAAAGGAAAUCAAGAGGAGGAAGAUUACGGGGAAGAGGAUUUCGGCUCCAGACGGGAAGGUCCUUCUUCUAACAACAGUAACACCGCCGCGAGCAGAGCAGAUGCAAAGGAAAAUGAUAAGGCUAGUGCGAUACGUUCUAAACAUUCGGUGACGGAGCAGCGGAGAAGAAGCAAAAUCAAUGAAAGAUUUCAGAUAUUGAGAGAACUAAUUCCCAACAGUGAGCAGAAAAGAGAUACAGCUUCGUUCCUUUUAGAGGUGAUAGACUACGUACAAUAUUUACAAGAGAGGGUGCAAAAGUAUGAAGGACCAUAUCCAGGAUGGAGUCAGGAACCAACAAAGUUGACUCCAUGGAGGAAUAAUCAUUGGCGAGUUCAGAGUCUGGCGAACAAUCCAGUCGCUAUAACUAAUGGAACUGGUCCAGUGAUACCAUUCCCUGGAAAGUUUGAAGAGAACACAAUCGUCUCUGCACCAGCAAUCGUUGCAGAAAUGCAAAACUCGGUUGAAACUGACAAAGGAAGAGCUGUAACCUGCAAACCUAUAGAGAGUCAGCCUGAGUCAGACGACAAGGGAUUACAACCAAUCCUUCCUUUGGUACUCGGUGAACAAGCUAAUAACGAAUGCCCCGCAACAAGUGAUGGGCUAGGCCAAAGUAAUGACAUGGUUAUUGAAGGUGGAACCAUUAGCAUAUCUAGUCUCUACUCGCAUGAGUUAUUGAGCUCGUUAACACAAGCACUCGAGGACGCAGGGAUUGACCUGUCGCAUGCUAAACUCUCUGUGCAGAUCGAUCUUGGAAAGCGAGCCAAUCGUGACGAGUCACCAUCGAAUAAGAAUCCAUUAUCAUCUGAAGCAAGUGAUCCAAGCGUUGAGGAACAACAACAAUCUGAUCGUUCUCAUAAGCGAAUGAAACCACUGUGA